GGCGGAGGUCGGUGCAUUGCACUGUUUAGACCUUGCUUAGAUCUUCAGCUCUAAGAGUUUCCAGCUCUGGGUAGGACGGGAUCCUCGAGAAAACAGGGAUAAACAUGGAUGUUUGCACAGCCUGCCAGACUACUGGAGGAUGCAGUUAGAAUUGAAACGUAGGCUUUCUGCAAUCUGCGGGUUUUGCUGUGUUCAGCGCACACAUCUUCAAGAGACACAUCUCCUACGGCGCCCCAGGACACCUCUCCUGCUGCCGCCCCAUCUCCAGGAGAGCUCCGGAUUUGCUGGAAUUUUGUCGGCACCGCCUCUUUGAGCCGCGCGACGCACGUGCGCACUGGCUGCUGCGCUGUGCGAACCCGCGUUCACUGGUCUGAGUCCAGGUUUCCUUUCCGCGUAAUCCGUUUUUUCGGGAGCCGCCGCUUCCUCCCUUUUCCGCCAGGCCCCUGCAGCCCCGAGCAAGGACCGCGUUUCGGAGCUGUGGGGCGGAAGCCAGCGUCUCCUCUUCCCCGCGCUCGGGUGGAGGCUGUGUCGCGGUGGGCCGGGUCCCAGGGCGCCCGCCAUGGCAGGGCAACGGGUGGAGGUGGACGGCGGGAUCAUGGAAGGGGGCGGCCAGAUCCUGAGGGUAUCCACAGCCCUGAGCUGUGUCCUGGGCCUCCCCUUGCGGGUGCAGAAGAUCCGAGCCGGUCGCAGCACGCCUGGCCUGAGGCCUCAACACUUAUCUGGACUGGAAAUGAUUCGAGAUUUAUGUGAUGGGCAACUGGAGGGAGCAGAAAUCGGCUCAACAGAAAUAAUAUUUACACCAGAGAAGAUCAAAGGUGGAAUCCACACAGCAGAUACCAAGACUGCAGGGAGUGUGUGCCUCUUAAUGCAGGUCUCAGUGCCCUGCGCGCUCUUCGCUGCUUCUCCAUCAGAACUUCGUUUGAAAGGUGGAACUAAUGCUGAAAUGGCACCGCAAAUUGAUUACACAGUGAUGGUUUUCAAGCCAAUUGUUGAAAAAUUUGGCUUCAAAUUUAAUUGCGACAUUAAAAUGAGGGGCUACUACCCAAAAGGGGGUGGUGAAGUGAUUGUCCAAAUGUCACCAGUUAAACAAUUGAACCCAAUAAAUUUAACUGAUCGUGGCUCUGUGACUAAGAUAUAUGGAAGAGCUUUUGUUGCUGGUGUUUUGCCACUUAAAGUAGCAAAAGACAUGGCGGCGGCGGCUGUAAGAUGCAUCAGAAAGGAGAUCAGGGAUCUGUAUGUUAACAUUCAGCCUGUUCAGGAAGCUAAAGACCAAGCUUUUGGCAAUGGAAGUGGGAUAAUCAUUAUUGCUGAGACAUCCACUGGCUGUCUGUUGGCUGGAUCAUCGCUUGGUAAACGAGGUGUAAACGCAGACAAGGUUGGAAUUGAUGCUGCCGAAAUGCUAUUAGCAAAUCUUAGACAUGGUGGUGCUGUGGAUGAGUAUCUGCAAGACCAGCUGAUCAUUUUCAUGGCAUUGGCCAGUGGAGUUUCCAGAAUAAAAACAGGACCAGUUACACUCCAUUCACAAACGGCUAUACAUUUUGCUGAACAGUUAACAAAGGCUAAAUUUACUGUGAAGAAAUCAGAAAAUGAAGAUGAUGCCUCUAAAGACACUUACAUUAUCGAGUGCCAAGGAAUUGGAAUGACAAAUCCAAAUCUGUAGGGUAUUUACCUUGUAAAUGAUACCGCAAAGAUGUAUUGCACUAAUUCAUUUUGUAAAUACUACAAAACAACGAAGAAGUAACUUAUUAAAGGACCUGACAAAUUUGGAGAUAAAGUACAGAGUGUUCUAGAUUUACUGAGAAUGCUUCAUCAAACUAAUCUCACUUUGAAUUUCUCCUGAGAUAUGGACAAUGAAAUAAACAAGAUUUGGUGGAUAUGUCUGUUAGCUGAUUUCAAUAUUAAAGUAUUGAUAUAAAAUAUU